CAACGUUGAAAAGCUUAGUAGUAUCACUUAUACAACAGACUGGUUAAAUAUACAAACCAGUCCGACACCUUAUAAAAUUAAUCCAUCUAAUCAUGAGCUUCAACAAGACAGGAAACAGUGCGCUUGAUGCGGCUUUGAUAUCUUGGUUCGAAUCCGACAAGUCAGAAUGGACCAGGAAGGAACUCAACGACCGUAUUGCGGCGAACGACAUCGCUGGCUUAGAAUCUAUCAUGCUUGAGCACAUGGAGUUUGGUACCGCAGGUCUCCGAGCACGUAUGGGUGCUGGUUACGCCUGCAUGAACGACUUGACCGUUCUACAAGCCGCCCAGGGUCUGUGCCGCUAUUUGCAGGAGGUAAAUCCAGAUGUGGGUACCCAGGGUGUCGUCGUUGGGCACGACCACCGACACCAUUCCAGUGACUUUGCGAAGAUCACUGCGGCCGUGUUUAUGAGCCAGAACAUCCCUGUCCACUACUACAAGCCUCUGGCCUGCACACCUAUGGUGCCGUUCGGUGUCAUCAAAUUCGGCGCUGCCGCCGGUGUGAUGGUAACAGCUUCUCACAAUCCGAAGGACGACAACGGUUAUAAGGUGUACUGGAGCAACGGUGCCCAGAUCAUUCCACCUCACGAUUCCGGAAUUGCCGGACAUAUUCUGAAGAACCAGAAGCCAUGGGAUGGUAUCUGGGAAUCGUUCCCCACCAUCGAGGACAAGAUCGAAUGUCAGCACGAGAAUGUGCUGAGUGACUACAUCACCCAGUGCACACAGAGGUCCAAGAGCAUGGGAACCGAGGCCAAGAACGCUAAAAUCACAUACACUGCCAUGCACGGUGUGGGAACUCCGUUCGUGGCGCGUAUCUUCAAGUCGUUCGAACACCCCGACUUCAUCCCAUGCAAGGAGCAAGUGCAGCCUGAUCCCGAAUUCCCCACUGUCGCCUUCCCUAAUCCCGAGGAGGGUAAGAGUGCUCUGAACUUGAGUAUGGCCGAGGCAGAUCGCUCCGGUAGUGAGUUAAUCCUGGCAAAUGACCCCGACGCAGAUCGAUUGGCUGUCGCCGAGAAGCAAAGAAAUGGCGAAUGGAAGGUGUUUAACGGUAACGAGACCGCCUGCCUGCUGUCCUGGUGGGUGUAUGAAACUAUGAAGAAGCAGAACCCCGGAGCUAACCCUGCCGACUACGCUAUGGUGGCCAGUACUGUGUCUAGCAAGUAUCUUGCGGCCAUGGCUAAGAAGGAGGGUUUCACAUUCGAGGAUACCCUCACUGGAUUCAAGUGGAUUGGUAACCGGGCGAUUCGGUUCACACAAGAAGGAAAGAAGGUGCUAUUCGGAUACGAGGAGGCUAUCGGUUUCAUGGUUGGUGUAAACCCGCCUGACAAGGAUGGAGUACACGCCGCCGCAGUGUUCGGAGAGAUGAUGCAGACGCUGUACGGCCAAGGCAAGAAGCUGUCAGAGCAACUGGAUGCCUUAUACGUUAAAUACGGAUACUUUAUCUCAAAGGAUUCCUAUUUCAAGUGUUCAAGCCAAGACACCAUCAACGCGCUCUUCAAAGAGUUGCGAGAGCCUGGAUACCCCAAGGCGUGUGGCCGGUUCGGCAUCAAAAACAUCCGUGACUGUACCACUGGCUUCGACAACCGAUACUCCGAUAACAAAUCGGUACUGCCCACAACUGCUGAUAUUCAAAUGAUUACCUUCUACUUCGACAAUGGCGCUGUUGUGACAAUGCGCACGAGUGGAACGGAGCCCAAGAUCAAAUACUAUUCAGAGCUUCCAGGACCACUAGACGAGAAGUAA